AUGGGCCAGCGUCCCUUCACUGUGCAGGCUGGGGCCUUCCAUUCCGGGUCUGCUCCAUGUCCGGAGAAGCUGGGUCCCGCGCAAGCCCCCCGCCCCCGUCCAUCCGCAGGGUGCCAGGCCCAGCAGCUGGCCAUCCGCCUGGAGCCCCAGGGGCUGCUGUACGCCAAGCUGACCCUGGCCGAGCGGCGAGACGCCCCAGCGCCCGCGGAGCCCCGCGUCUUCGGGCUGCCUCUGCCCCUCCUGGUGGAGCGCGAGCAGCCCCCCGGCCGGGUGCCCCUCAUCAUCCAGAAGUGCGUGGAGCAGAUCGAGCGCCGGGGGCUGAGGGUAGUGGGGCUGUACCGUCUGUGCGGCUCUGCGGCUGUGAAGAAAGAGCUUCGGGAUGCCUUUGAGCGAGACAGUGGGGCUGUUUGCCUCUCUGAGGACCUGUAUCCGGAUAUCAACGUCAUCACAGGCAUCCUCAAGGAUUACCUUCGGGAGCUGCCCACUCCGCUCAUCACCCAGCCUCUCUAUCAGGUGGUGCUGGAAGCUAUGGCUCAAGGACCCCCAAGCAGGGCCCCCCCAGGUCCGGAGGGUACCCGAGGGCUCCUCAGCUGCUUGCCUGAUGUGGAAAGGGCCACGCUGACGCUACUCCUGGACCACCUGCGCCUGGUCUCCUCCUUCCACGCCCACAACCGCAUGACCCCGCAGAAUCUGGCCGUGUGCUUCGGACCCGUGCUGCUGCCGGCACGCCAGGCGCCGGCCCGGCCCCGCGUGCGCGGUUCCGGCCCAGGCGUUGCCAGCGCCGUCGACUUCAAGCGCCACAUCGAGGUGUUGCAUUACCUGCUGCAGUCUUGGCCAGAUCCCUGCCGGCCCCCAGAGGCUCCGGAUGUCGUGCCAUACUUGCGGCCCAAGCGACAGCCACCACCGCGGCACUUGCCUCUCGCGGGCCCCGAAGUGGUGACCCCCCGUGACCGCGGGGGCCCGGAGAGCCCUCCAAGCAACCGCUACGCCGGAGACUGGAGCGUGUGCGGGCGGGACUUCCUUCCUUGUGGGCGGGACUUCCUGUCGGGGCCCGACUACGACCACGUGGCGGGCAGCGACAGCGAGGAUGAGGAGGACGAGGAGAACGGCGGAUCGCGGGGUGCUGCCGACUUCGAGGAUGAGUUCGACGCGCCCUUCAACCCGCACCUGAACCUCAAAGACUUCGACGCCCUCAUCCUGGACCUGGAAAGAGAGCUUUCCAAGCAGAUUAACGUGUGCCUCUGAGCCGCAGAGCGCGGGGACCCGGCUGCCAAGGGCCGGCGCCGGUGACCGAGCACGGGGACCCUGGACACUGAUCACCACGGAGCCGUGCCCUCAUUAGGACAGACCAGGACCCCCGUUACCCAGAGUGGGACCCCUGGUUACAGGCAGGGCCGUAACUGUCCAAGAGGACUUCAGCAGCUCAACUUCAGCCCUUGUUCUUAGGGACCAGUCUCCUGUGCUGAGAAUCAUUCCUAGUUUCUAGCACCCUGUGUUUGGACACCAGUUGCAAAAGCCAGGCACUGGGGCAAGUCUUAGGAUCUAGCUCCAGGGAUUCUCCUGCUGCCGGAAGGCUGUCCUGCCUGGCAGGCUGCCCUCUCUUGCCCCUCCCCCUUUGCAGGGGAGACACCAGUUACUGUGAGUAUCACCCUGGGGUGACACAUACACACACACCCCAGUCCUCGUGCUGCCAACCAAAUCAGUAUUAGCUUUGAUCACUGUACUCUGUUUCUCCCUCUCCCUUCGGGAUUGAAGAAAGGCACUGUGUGAAGGUAGUAGCCCCUAUCCUGGCUCCAGCCCAAUAGGGGCUGCCUUCCCCCAGCCUCUUUUCCCAGGGAAGACCCCCCGCCAAGAUCUGCCACCACAACAUGCGGAGAUAUAAGUCCAACCGACCCUUCCCUUCUCCAGGUGUCCCUUCACCCCUGAAGAAAAUUGAGCACUUAACCCCUCCCCUUCAGAGGGGCCCCACCUGAACUGUCAGGCUGGGCACUUUGGUACAGAAUAUAUUUAUUGCCUCUGUGUGUGGGUGUGCGUGGGUGUGGGUGGGUGUGUGGACGUGUGUGGACAUGUUCAGAACAGGUGUGGGACUUUUUCAGGGACCACAGAGUGGAGAGGAAUUCACCAUGUCCAGGCACUUUGUGUGUGUGUGUGUGUAUGCGUGUGCAUGUGGACAUGUUCAGAGGAGGUGUGUGACUUUUUCAGGGAUGACGGGGGAAGAAUUCAUCAUGUCCAGGCACCCUGAUGUCCCCAAUAGUCCAGUGGGAAUCAGGUCCCCUUCUGGUCUUCCUUCCCCUCACCUCCAGCUUUGUGAACAAUAAAUCAA